GGAGCGCAGAGACCUCGGAUCUGCGGGGAGAAAGCUCAGAAACCUCGGAUAUACCUCAGACCUGCAGAUUUGCGGGUUUUUCUGCAGGUUUUCUGCAGAUUUGCGGGUUUUUCUGCGGGGUUUCUCGUUAAACAUGAAGUUCUCCACCAGGACCAGGAUGAGGAGAGUGUAUGAGUUUCUCGGCAGACCCGUCAGCACCGACAGGAAGCUGCAAACCCAUCAAUACGACGGCCUGACCAUCCGGGUGGACGGUCUCCCGCGGACGCUCCUCAUCAGGACCGGCCAGCACGUCCUGAUCGAGGGAGACGACGAGGACCGGCCGUACGUGGCCCGGAUCCUGCAGCUGUUCGGGGACAGGGAGCAGCGGCAGAAGAAGGCGGUGGUGCGCUGGUUCGUGCGGGUGUCGGAGGUGCCGCCCCCCAAGAGGAAGCUGCUGGGCAGAGACCCCCACCCGCAGGAGGUCUUCCUGCUGGAGGGACGCAACGGGGAGGAGGAGGUCAGCGUGGAGUCCAUCCUCAGACCCGUACAGGUGAAGCACCUGGACGCCGCCGCUCCGUUCCCCUGCCCCGGCGGCGAGGAGACCCUGUACGUGAAGCUGUCCUGGGACUCCAAGACCUUCCGGGCGCUGGACCGGGCCCAGGUGGAUUCUGGGGGAUCCCCUCCUCCCGGUAAACCCUCACUGCCGCCGUCCCCGCCGUCCUCUCCGCCCGCGGCCACGCCGGUCUCCAAGGCGGCGGUGCGGCGCGCCCUGCCCACGCCGGAGCUGGACGUGAUGCGCAGGGCGCUGGCGGAGGGGCGGGGCGGCGGCGGCUCCGCCCUGGAGGCCGAGUCGCUGCACUCGGCCACCAAACUCUCGGCCUCCAAGUGUCUCAGCGCCCGCAGGAGGAGCGCCACCACCCGCACGUCCGGCAUCCGCAAGAAGCUGGAGCUCUGCGGUCCAGAGAAGGUGUCGCCGGACGGAGACGACGUCCUGGGCCGGCCGCUGGACGGGGGGGUGUCGCUGACACCCAGGAGGCCGACACCCCCCUCUCAGGCUCCGCCCCCCUCCCAGGCUCCGCCCCUGGCCUACAGCCUCACCCCCCUGAGGAGAAACCCCCGGGGGAACCGGGCCCAGGACCCGGCACCGCUGGACGAGGAGGACCGGGACGGACCCAGCAGGGCGACGACUCCGUCCCGCAAGAGAGACCUGAAGACGAAGGAGCCGGCGCUGGGCGUGCUGGCCGAGGUGGAGGACGAAUCGUCCCCGAUGCUGCCGGUCGCCGCCACGCCGAGGAGCUCCAAGAGGAAGUCGGCGCUGCAGGUGUCGGUGCGAAUCAGGAAGCAGCUGGAUCUUCUGAACGGCCACCAGGACCUGAGCUCCGACGACGAGGACGAGUUCUGUCCGUCCAAGAAGGAGCUGCAGAGCAGCAGCGAGGACGAGGACGAGGAGGAGGGGGCGGUGCACAGCGAUGAAGAGCUGGUGGUGGCGAGGAAGAAGCGCAGAGGCGCCGCAGCCGAACCCCAAACCCCUCGAUCCAGACGGGCGACUCGCUCCUCCAGCAGGACGCCGGGCAGGACGCCGGGCAGGAAGGCCGGUCCGGGGACACCGCGGACGCCGCGAUGCAUCACUCCCAGCAUCCCCAGCAGGUCGCUGCCGGCCCGCCGGCCCGCCAACGUGCUGGAGGAGGCCCGAGCCAGGCUGCACGUGUCCUCGGUGCCGGAGUCUCUGCCCUGCAGGGAGCAGGAGUUCCAGGACGUCUACAGCUUCGUGGAGAGCAAGAUCAACGACGGCACGGGAGGGUGCAUGUACAUCUCGGGCGUGCCGGGGACGGGGAAGACGGCCACCGUCCACGAGGUGAUGCGCUGCCUGCAGCACGCGGCCGACGCCGACGAGAUCCCAACGUUCAGCUUCAUCGAGAUCAACGGCAUGAAGAUGACGGACCCGCACCAGGCCUACGUCCAGAUCCUGCAGAAGCUGACGGGGCAGAAGGCGACGGCGGAUCACGCCGCCGCGCUGCUGGAGAAGAGAUUCAGCACCCCGGCGCCGCGGAAGGAAACCACGGUGCUGCUGGUGGACGAGCUGGACCUUCUCUGGACCAGGAAGCAGAACGUCAUGUACAACCUGUUCGACUGGCCGACGCGGCGCCACGCCCGCCUGGUGGUUCUGACCAUCGCCAACACCAUGGACCUGCCGGAGAGGAUCAUGAUCAACAGGGUGGCCAGCAGGCUGGGUCUGACCCGGAUGUCCUUCCAGCCGUACACCUUCAAGCAGCUGCAGCAGAUCAUCACAUCCCGACUGAACAAGGUGCGGGCGUUCGAGGAGGACGCCCUGCAGCUGGUGUCCAGGAAGGUGGCGGCGCUGUCGGGCGACGCCCGGCGCUGCCUGGACAUCUGCCGGCGGGCCACGGAGGUCUGCGAGCACUCUGCCCAGGACGGCCACGCCCCGGGCCUGGUGGGCAUGACCCACGUGAUGGAGGCGCUGAACGAGAUGUUCUCCUCCGCCUACGUCACCGCCAUCAAGUGCGCGUCGCUGCAGGAGCAGCUCUUCCUGCGGGCCGUCGUGGCAGAGUUUCGGCGGCUGGGGUUGGAGGAGGCCACGUUCCAACAGGUGUUUGUGCAGCACCGGGCCCUGAGCCGGGUGGAGGGGCUGACCCCCCUGGGCGUGUCCGAGGGUCUGGGGGUGUGUCAGCGUCUGGGGGCCGUCCGGCUGCUGCUGCUGGAGUCCAGCCGGCUGGGGAUCCUGCAGCGCGUCCGGCUCAACGUCAGCCAGGACGACGUGCUGUUCGCCCUCAAGGCCGACUGAGGGGGUCGGGGGCGCCGGGGCGGGGGCUUCCCCAGACCCAUGGACCCAUCAACCCCCCCGGUCCUGACGGGCCUGCAGUCGGGACUCGUUAGAGUUCAGUCCGGGUCGUCUGCACGGGCCGGGCUCCCGUCACCUUUUAUCUGUUCUUACGGGGACACUUGUCCCGGUUUUCAUCAGGUCAUAUAUUUCUGUAUUCGUAUUUGCAUGUUGUUUUGGAUUCAGUAUCUUGAAUCAGCAAUAAAGUGUCUUUUUAAUAUAAA